UUUUAGCUGGUAUCUUUGCUGCUCAAGACAAGUGAAGCAAAAUGUCUGACGAUGAUGGCCCACCACCCCUAGAUGAUAUGUCAGAGUUUGUGAAAAAACUGUCUGGAAACCAAGUUCAAUUUGAUAAAGUUCAAGUUUCUCAGCAAAUUUCUGCAACUGAGGCUAGAGCAGAAAAUCAAACGACAGGCAUAGUCUUAAAAGCUGACAAGCCUUGUAAGACAGAACCUUCUAAAUGUAAUAAUGCUAAUGUGGGAUAUGGAGGAAUGAAAAAAGGAUUCUUAAGUGGUGGAUUAUCAAACCCAAGAAAAAGAGAACGCAAAGAAGUCAAAAUCACAGAAGUUAAAGCAAACCCACAAGCCAAGCAAGAUGGCCUGAAACUUAAAGAAGUUCAAGCUAAAAUGUCAGAAGCUAAUCAGUUCCUUUCUGACAAUAGUAAUGAUUGGCUUAGUGAUGACCUACUGAAAGGAAUACAGACGAAUGAUAAGAUAAACAGCAAACUCAGCAAUCCUCAAUUCAUGGCUGCCUUUCAGGAAUUUCAGACAAAUCCCCAAGAGGCUGCUAAAAAGUAUGGCAAUAAUACUGAAAUGAAAAAAUUUAUCCAAGAAUUUUCUGGCCUCAUGGGAAAUCAUUUCACUGGUUUAGCUGAAAAACAAGAUGGUGCUAAAUAACAUGUAAAAUUAAAGUUACAUGCUAUUAUAUUCUUACUGACCCCUGAGUUAGUCAUUUUUAUUUGCCUCUAUUGGUUUAGUUAAAUCAUGUGUCGUCAUGUUGAUCGUAUUAUUUAAAACAAUCGUUCAUAAUCAGAUUCCCUGUCAAUUUUCAUCAGAAGUAAUAAUGUAUAUAUAAAUUAUAAAAGUGUAUAAAUAUUUAUUAUAUUCCAAGAUGUUUCCAUAUUUUCAAUAUUAAGUUUUGUAUUUAUCAGAGUAAUUUUUAACGCUUCAGAUAUUAAAUUAUGAAAAUAC